AUGCAAUCCGUGCCGCUGCGGCAGCGGCCGCGGCCGUUCCGCCAAUACCAUAGGAACUCUCAGAAACAUAAGAGCUCCCAUAACCACGAGCAUCCGCAUGGCCACGGACACUCAACCGGCCAUGGACAGUCGCCUGAUGGCAACACCCCGAGUUUCCAGGGCCAGGGCUACGUUCUCGGCCACGUCCACGAUGGCCAUCGCACCGGGCGUGGCCAAGGUCACGCCCUUGAAGAGGACAUAUCUUCUCACCUGGGGCGAAUGGAAAUUUCCAGGGAACCCUCUGUCUCUCUGCCUACUCCCCAAGCUCAACCCCAAGAACAGGAAUGCUUCUUCAGCCGACAGACGGGACCGACGGGUCCAUACGACCGUCAAAGACUACGCGAGUUUCUAGUGGGAGAAUUGGACAGCUGGCUACACUCAGCUUCGGUUUCAAGGGACGGCAGCCCAACCCCCCUAACUCACCAUUUCUUUUGCGACGAGCACAUGCGCCAGGUCUUCGGCGGGAAUUACGCAGCUUUUCAGCCUGAACAAUAUAUGCGUGCUUUGCAGAUGGCUGUGGAGCAUGGCGGCGCUUAA